UAAAAUAUUUUUUGUUUAUUUUCCCUUCUUAUUCCAUCCAUCUAAACCUUCACCCGGUAAACAGGCGGCGCAAUUUAGCAGCCGGCCCUAACCUCUAUAAAAGGCCGAAGAUCCCAAAAGAUUCCAUAGAAUCAAAAUUCACAUUUUAUAUAUACUAUACAUUUUUCAAUUCCUAAUCAAAUACGUAAUUUGGCGCCACAGCAGCAAUGCGAUUGGAGAACGGCGAACGAUCCACGUGUCAUCCGAUCUUAAAAUCCGGCACCGACGACGACGGUUCACCGCCGGUGAGUUAUUCUCCGGCAUUAGAUGGUGAAGGACUUCUCGUACCGCCUCUCAAUUUCGCUAUGGUUGAUUACGGUGUUUUCCGGUCUGGUUUCCCUGAUACUGUUAACUUCGCCUUCUUACAAACCCUAGGCCUUCGCUCAAUCAUAUAUUUGUGUCCAGAGCCAUAUCCUGAAGCUAAUGUGGAGUUUCUUAAUGCGAAUGGAAUUCGGCUUUUACAGUUCGCCAUUGAAGGAUCCAAGGUUGAGGAGCCACCAUUGGUCAACAUCCCAGAGGAAACAAUAAGGGAAGCUUUGAGGGUUGUCCUUGAUGAAAAGAACCGCCCUCUGUUAAUUCACUGCAAAAGAGGAAAGCACCGAACUGGUAGCCUUGUGGGGUGCCUCAGAAAAUUACAGAAAUGGUGCCUCACCUCAAUUUUUGAUGAGUACCAAAGGUAUGCUGCUGAGAAAGCUAGAGUAUCAGAUCUGAGGUUCAUGGAGUUGUUUGACAUUUCCGGCUUCAAGUAGCCACCGACAUUCUGUUCACAUUCCCAGAACUAAAUGGACAAGAUGUACAGGACGAGAGGCAAUUUUGGCUUUGCAUUUUUAACUGGAUCAAAAUUUUUGAGUCCACUCCCAAAAGUAUUGGAUUCCUUAUAUGAACUCUGGUUAUGGUUUUCGCUAGUAUCCGAUUCUUCUUUUCAUUUGGACAUAGUCUCUCUCUUUGUAGAAAGUAGAAGGCAUCUGUUAGAUGCUGCUAUGGCCUAUGAUAAAGGGUCUCAUCUUUUCCUAUUUUUGUGUUCAUUGGAGAUGGAUUGGGAGGUGUAAAGUUGUGCAUUAUUUUUGCUUAUUAGAAGGAAAAAGCGAGGGGGUUGUGUUUUCUUCAGUUUGACUUGUUAAGUACUUUGAACUCAAUGCACCUUCGUUUUUGUCUCUUCA